AUGGCUCAAAAUAUACAAGGCAAUCACAACUUAGCCAAAUUUGCUUUCAAUAUUUAUGGAACAUUAAAUAGUUCAAAUUCUAAUGAUUCAGUGUCUCCAAAUUCAUCAAUACAUUCUAAAAAUUCAAAAAAUUACUUUACUUAUCAAAAAUUAAAUUUCAAUUGUGAACGUGAAACAACUGCUUUAUCUCAAUUGAAUUAUGGUUUACAUAUUGGGAAUUAUAAUGAUAUUAGUCAUCAUGUUGUAAUAGGUGGUAAAAAUUAUCUACGACUAUUGUGUUUGAAUGAAGAUCAACUGAGAAUAGUUCAUGAUAUAAAUUUAUUAGAUUCGAGAUCGAUUUAUCGAGGUCCUACAAAAUUAAAUAAUGUAAAUACUAUUAAAACUUACUCAAAUACUAUUGCAUGUGGAUUAUCGAGUGGAGUCAUAUCAUUAUAUAAAAUUACACCUUCUGGUCAAGGAAAAUUAUAUGCAAAAUUAACCGAUCAUAAAAGAACUAUAAAUUCACUUGAUUUUGUUGAUUCAGAGAACAAUUUCAUUUCUGGUUCACAAGAUGGUAGUAUUAAAUUGUGGGAUUUAAGGGCUAGUGUGAAUAAACCAGUUUUAACUUUACAAGCUAAUUUACACAAUGAUCCAAUAAGAGCUUGUCAGUAUAGUCCACAUUCCUUAGUAAGAAAUAAAACAUGUAUCUUGUCAGUUCAUGAUUCUGGAGCUUUAUGUAAAUUUGAUCUUAGAUCAAAUGUAGCAGGUAAUAUGUAUUCGCCUGAUAGAAAAUGGAACUUACAUUCUGGUCCCGUGCUAUCAUUACAUAUUCAUCCAGAAAAAGAAUAUGUUGCCACAGGUGGAAGAGAUCAAAAAAUAUGUGUUUUAAACUAUAGUGAUUCCCAAUCUUCAACUACAAGAUCUGCUACUGAUAGUAUGAUAAAUACUUAUGGAUCAAUCUUGAAAGUGCGUUGGAGUGCAUAUCCGAUAUAUGAGAACUCGGAUGAAUUUAAUGAGGGAAAUGUUUUAUUGAAUUAUGAUAUAGCUUGUCUGUAUUUUGAUGAUCCAACCAUUACAGUAUAUAAUCUAAACAGAAAAUUUAUACCAAAGCAAAUAAUAACUUCACAUUUACACAAACCAAUGGCUAACUUUAUUUGGGCUGAAAAUGCCACCCAAUCAAGAAAAAUUUGGACCCUUUCAAAAUCCAAUAUUUUCACAGCUUAUGACUUGGAUCUGGAGAACGAUCCAGAUGUUAAGCAACCAUUGGACGAUUUAAAUAGUAUAGGAAUGACUUGGGAUAAUGACAAUAACUUCAUGAUGGUAAACCAAGAUAAACUCGAUUUUGAAUUACAUGAUGGAUAUGAAUCAGAUGAUUUACAAUCCAGGGAAAAUUUAGAACUAUUAAACGAUGACCACUUUGAUGAUAAAUUUGGAACAUCUUUAACGACAUCACCCAUUGAAAAACCUCAACUAAUAAGAUCUUUUACACAUAAUCCUAUGCUGCAAUUAGGCGCUAAAUCUCCUUCUCCUAUUUUGAGAUCGGGAACUAAUGGUUUUGAAUUAUCAUCAUCAACUCCAGGUUCCAGGCCAAAAUUAACAAGAAAUCCUUCCCAAAACACUCAAGAAUCAUCAAUAUCUUAUGGCUCACUUCCGCCAUCACAUAAAAAACAAACGCGACAGCAUUUACCAAAUUUACAAAAGUAUGGGAUUUCAAGUCCAUAUGCUAUUCCAGUUGAAUUGCCAUUACCCUUGAAUGAUGAUGAACUUUUUAGAAGAUUAUCUUCGGAGUAUCUAAUUAAAGUACCUGAUGGAUUCAAUGUUGCUGAUGUAUGUUUGUUAAACGCUAACAUUGCAGAACAAGCAAAAUCGCAUCGAACGAGUCAAAUUUGGAGAUUAUUGGCCUUGACUUUAGAAGAGUUAAAUGAGCCAAAGGAAGAAGAAAUUAAACAAGAUGAAGAAGUUUUGGAAGAGGAUGAAAAUUCCGAAUCUCAUGAUAAUAAAUCAAUUCAAUCAGAUUUGGGAAAUAUCGUAGGGUCAUUUAAUUCAAACUCGACUUCUACCACAAAUUAUGGUGUCAGGAAUAUGACUGAUCGGAAUGGAAGUAGUUCGAAUUUGAUGGAUGCCAUUAAUAAUAGUCGUAAAAAUAGUUUUUCUCAAAGCUUUCGUAUCAACAAGGAUAUGGAUGAAGAUGCCAUAAGUCAAAAUUCAAAAUCUAAACCUAUUCUGAUCAAUGAAGGUUAUAAUAAUGAAAAUGCAAAUUUAAUGAAUUCUGCUUUUUUAAAAUCAAGUCCCAAUUCCGGUGGUGCCAUUUCAACAUUUUCAAGUUUAGGUUCUUCACCAAAAUCAAAUGGAAUUUUAUCACGUAAAUAUUCACAAACUCAAUUAGCCAUGAGAAAAAAACUGCUUAACAAGAUUGAAGAGUUACCAAAAGAAUCAGCAUUAACCAAUAAAUUAAAAUUAAAUGACUCGAAAGCAUGGAGUAUAAAGAAUUUAUUGAAACAAUCAUUAGAGUACGCCAUGUUACAAGGUGAUAUAAUUUUUUGUUCUACAAUCAGUCUUAUUUUUUAUGAUAUAACCAAUAACAUAAUUUCAUAUGAUCAAUGUUUAGAUUGGCUUUCAACUUAUAUUGAAAUAUUGCAAAGAAAACAACUAUAUGUCAGUGCUAUAAAUGUAUUAAAAUCAGCUCCUUUUGCGAUUAGACAAGAAUUAUCAAAUUCAUUUUCAUCUGAUUUAAUUCGAUUGUAUUGUUCUAAUUGUAUGAAAUUAUUAGUGAAUGAAAAUUCAAAACAUCUGCAAAAAGGUGAGUUUGGUUAUUGGUAUUGUGAUGAAUGCAAACAUUUACAACUGACUUUUGGUUUAUUGAUGAAGAAAAUUAUGAAUGUCCUGGUGGUUGUGAUUUAA